AUGAUCGCAGCCUCUCAAAUCCCUAACCCGGCCCAUACGCUCGCGGAAUCCAUGUUGUCACGGCGUUUCGGCAAAGAGACGGUGAACUAUUUCUCCAGCUCUCCAAUCAACCGGUUGUCGUUCCUGCGAAAUGACCAUCCAUUCCUUUCUUCGGCUCUGACGCAUCCCUCUACCCAAUUCCUUCUUCUCAAUAGUCUUGCCCCGCUCACCCGCUCGCCGGCCGAGGUAUACUAUGCCAAAUAUGACGAAGUGCGAAACCUCAUUCCGCAGGAUGUCUUUGAUCAGUCCGAGGAGGAGAUGAUUAAGGGGUUCGAUUCGCGCAAGACACAUGCGAACCUGAUCUUCCUCGGACUGGACGAAAGCCGUCAGGAGGGCAGCAUGACGCAUAAGACUUACUCAGGAAUCCCGUUCUUCGCUGUAGAUGUCACACCAAAGGGAUCUGUGGCCCAGCAGACAGCUUGCAAGGAUAUUAUUAGUGCUAUGGAAGAGAAGGGCUUGUCCUUCUUCAAGACGAGAGUCAUUAGCACAUUUACUCCUGAUGAAGCCGCUAUCUAUGCUCAGGCGCGCGCUCUAAUGGAUUGGAACACUCGGAAUACCUUCUGUGGCACCUGCGGCCAUCGCACGCUGUCCGUCAAUGCUGGCACGAAGCGCGCCUGUCCCCCCACGGAUGCUGCGCGGACCGCCGAAGGCCUGCCACAAGAUCGCCCUGAAUGUAACACGCGCACCACCCUUUCCAACCUGUCCUUCCCCCGUACCGAUCCCACCAUCAUUGUGGCAGUUGUAUCUGCCGAUGGGAAGCGCAUCUUGCUCGGCCGUAGCAAGCGCUUCCCGCCGAAGUGGUACUCAACUUUGGCUGGUUUCAUUGAACCCGCCGAGUCUAUCGAGGAUGCGGUUCGCCGAGAGGUAUGGGAAGAGGCUGGUGUGACGCUCUCGCGAGUUGUUAUCCACUCCUCGCAGCCCUGGCCGUACCCGGCGAAUUUGAUGAUCGGCGCCAUCGCACAGUGUAGUGACGCAGCGCAUGAGACGAUCAACCUCGAGCAUGACCCCGAGCUGGAAGAUGCCCGAUGGUUUGAAGUUGAGGAGGUUGAGGAGGCGCUACGCAUUGGUACUAGCGACUUGAGCUCCGGCGCUGGCCCCGACUAUAAGGGUGGCUUGCGACUGCCUCCCGAGACGGCCAUUGCGCACCAACUGAUUCGCGCGGCUGUUAACGCGGAUUAUUUCCAAGUGGAGAGAUCUAAGAUGUGA